AUGAAGGCGUUGUCGGUUUCACCUCUACGAGUUUUCCUGUUCGUCGCUGGCGCUAUUAUCGGUAUCCACCUAAUAGCCAGCUAUAGCCACGAAGGAUACGGCCGGAUUACCUCCAUCUCCCCCAACAAGUUCAGGUCCUCUCGUCCACUACCACCAGUCCCCGUCCAGCGGUUGCCUAACGAACAAAUCUACUCCGACAAGCGAGAAAACGCGACGUUUGUUAUCCUAUGCCGAAACAACCAACUCUGGGACGCCCUUCGCUCGGUAAAGGAGAUCGAAGACCGGUUCAACCACCGAUAUCACUAUCCGUAUGUCUUCUUGAACGAGGUGCCAUUCACGGAGGAGUUCAAAUAUGCUCUAAAGCAUAUCGCCUCCUCGGAAGUUGAAUUCGGCCUGAUACCCCAUGAUCAUUGGUUCCAACCAGCUUGGAUUGACGAGGACAGAGCGUCGAAGGCGAGACAGAAGAUGCAGGACGAUAAUAUCAUCUAUGGAGGGAGCGUGUCAUAUCGCAAUAUGUGCCGUUUCAAUUCCGGGUUCUUCUUCCGACAUCCUUUGAUGCAGAAAUACAAGUGGUAUUGGCGUAUCGAGCCUGAUGUUCACUUCCAUUGCGACAUUCUAUUCGACCCAUUCCGCUACAUGCAAGAGAACAACAAGACAUAUGCCUUCACGAUCUCCAUGUUUGAAUAUGGAGCUACUAUCCCGACCUUGUGGGGUCAUGUCAAAGACUUCAUCAAGAAAAACCCUCAAUACGUUGCACCGAAUAAUGCGAUGGGUUUCAUUUCCGAUAACAAUGGAGACUCUUAUAACCUGUGUCAUUUCUGGAGCAACUUUGAGAUCGCAAACAUGGAUUUCUGGAGAGGGGAGGCGUACAUGAAGUUCUUCGAGCACCUAGAGGCGCAAGGUGGUUUCUACUAUGAGCGGUGGGGAGAUGCCCCAGUCCAUUCCAUCGGAGCUGCACUAUUCGCGUCGCGCGACCAGAUCCAGUUCUUCGACGAAAUCGGAUACGAACACGCACCGUACACGCAUUGCCCGAGGCAAGGGAACAACUGGGAGAGAGGGCGCUGCUCAUGCAACCCCGGGCACAACGUUGACAAGGACCAGUACACGCUUCCCAAAGGGCGCAAAGACCGGGGAGAGACGAUAGAAGCGGCAGCAGCAAGGGAGACGUACGAAGAGACGGGGUAUCGGUGUAGCCUCUGGCCAAACCGCUUACCGACGCGAGCGCCCGCUCCGGGAGUGAAUAACGUGCAUACGGUGGAGGUCGUGGACAAUCUGGUGGAGCCGAUCGCGGUCACUAUCCGGCAGGCGGAUGGGAAGGUCAUCUUCUGGUACAUCGCGUUGGUGGCGGAAGGGGUAGAGAAGCAGGAGGGGACUCAGAUGGAGAGCGAGAAUUACAAGUCUGAAUUCUUGGCCGUCAAUAGGGCUAUGGACAUACUGACAUCCCAAACCGAUCGCGAAAUCGUCGCGAAGGCAUACGAGAUUGUCGUUCAAAAAGAGAGACUAUAG